GGGCCCUUGUGACAUCAUCACUCUGUCCUUACUAUUCUCUCUGCUGGAUCAGAGCUAGAGAAGCGCAGACCAGAGGGUGAUGGGAACAUCUAGCCCCUAACCAUGGGCCCAGAAGAAACUCCUGCCGUGACAGAAAAGACUCCUGCCAUGACGGAAAAAACUCCUGCCAUGACAGAAAAAACUCCUGCCAUGACAGAAAAGACUCCUGCCAAGACAGAAAAGACUCCUGCCAUGACAGAAAAGACUCCCGCCACGACAGAAAAAACUCCCGCCAAGACAGAAAAAAAGCGCGCCUUGACAAAAACAUCCGCAGCGGUGCUCAUUCAAGCCUGGUGGCGUGGCACCCUGCUGCGACGCUCGCUGCUGCAUGCCGCCCUCAAAGCGUGGAUCAUUCAGUCCUGGUGGAGGAAGAUGCUGGUGAAGUUGUGGGAAUUGAGGCGGCGAGGGGCUCUGGAGGUGUAUGCUAAAAAAACAUGGGCAACGGUCAAACUUCAGUCCUGGUACCGGAUGUGGCGCAUCCGCCAACGAUACUGUCGUUUGCUAAAUGCUGUCCGUAUCAUCCAGGUUUAUUGGCGUUGGCAUAGUUGUCACACUCGUGGUUUUAUCCAGGGCAACUAUGAAAUCAAAGAAAACCAACUGAAUAUUCAACUUGAAAUUUCCCUGGGCUCACAGGCUUGCAAGGUGCAGCAAUGUAUAACCCUACCAAUAAAAGAGUGAUCAGGUCUGCUA